AUGUCUAUCCGUGUGAACACCCUGGGAGCGUGGCUACCUCCUCCCCAGGGGAUCUCGUGGCCGCGGCUGGGGAAAUACAUAUUUCUGAAGAUGCGCAAAAAUGCAGAGGACUGGCUGAUUCCUCUCGUGGGAUGGAGGGCGGCGCGAGCGGGCUGCGGCGCGCGGGCUCGGUCUCCUGUAGGUGACGUGACAGUGAAGAAGGAAAUCGUAGGCGAUAAAAGUCUCAAAAAAUUGAAACCUCACGAACACAGGUCUCGAAAACAGAAACCUCACGAACACAGGUCUCAAAAAACUGAAACCUCACGAACACAGGUCUCAAAAAACGGAAAGCUCACGAACACAGAAGUCUCAAGAACGGAAACCUCACGAACACAGGUCUCAAAAAAACGGAAACCUCACGAACACAGGUCUCAAAAAAACGGAAACCUCACGAACACAGGUCUCAAAAAAACGGAAACCUCACGAACACAGGUCUCAAAAAACGGAAACCUCACGAACACAGAGGUCUCCAAAAAACGGAAACCUCACGAACACAGAAGUCUCAAAAACGGAAACCUCACGAACACAGGUAUCAAAAAACGGAAACCUCACGAACACAGGUCUCAAAAAAACGGAAACCUCACGAACACAGGUCUCAAAAAACGGAAACCUCACGAACACAGGUCUCAAAAAACGGAAACCUCACGAACACAGAGGUCUCCAAAAAACGGAAACCUCACGAACACAGGUCUCAAAAAACGGAAACCUCACGAACACAGGUCUCAAAAAAACGGAAACCUCACGAACACAGGUCUCAAAAAAACGGAAACCUCACGAACACAGAGGUCUCAAAAAACGGAAACCUCACGAACACAGGUCUCAAAAAACGGAAACCUCACGAACACAGGUCUCAAAAACACGCAAACCUCACGAACACAGGUCUCAAAAAAACGGAAACCUCACGAACACAGAGGUCUCAAGAACGGAAACCUCACGAACACAGAUGUCUCAAAACACGGAAACCUAACGAACACAGAGGUCUCCAAAAACGGAAACCUCUCGAACACAGGUCUCAAAAAACGGAAACCUUACGAACACAGGUCUCAAAAAAACACAAACCUCACGAACACAAAGGUCUCAAGAACGGAAACCUCACGAACACAGGUAUCAAAAAAACAGAAACCUCACGAACACAGAGGUCUCAAAAAACGGAAACCUCACGAACACAGGUCUCCAAAAACGGAAACCUCACGAACACAGGUCUCAAAAACACGCAAACCUCACGAACACAGGUCUCAAAAAACGGAAACCUCACGAACACAGAGGUCUCAAGAACGGAAACCUCACGAACACAGAUGUCUCAAAACACGGAAACCUAACGAACACAGAGGUCUCCAAAAACGGAAACCUCUCGAACACAGGUCUCAAAAAACGGAAACCUUACGAACACAGGUCUCAAAAAAACACAAACCUCACGAACACAAAGGUCUCAAGAACGGAAACCUCACGAACACAGAGCUCUCAAAAAACGAAAACCUCACGAACACAGGUUUCAAAAAAACAGAAACCUCACGAACACAGAGGUCUAAAAAAACGGAAACCUCACGAACACAGAGGGCUCAACAAUCUGAAACCUCACUAACAUAA